CGAUUAUUUCGAAGUAAGUGGAAGUCCUGAAAGAUCGAAAUAUAUCUUGUGUAAAACAUACGACAUUCUUUAUUAAUUAAAGCAGGGAUAUGGCAUCUGCUGAUGUAGAAGACGUACCACAAAAAGAUGUUUCCUAUCCUAGAAAACUUAUUUAUUGCGGAGAAUGCACAAUGCCACUAGAGUUUUGUGAGUUUCAUCCUAAUUAUGAAAAGUGCAAAAAAUGGUUAGAGAAGAAUUUACCUGACCAGUUUGAUGCUUUGAUGAGGCUAUCGGAAGACGACCCAACAGCUGGUGGUGAAGGAGAGAAGAAAAAACAAAAAAGAGGUGGCAGAGGUAUGAUUAAGACAAGAAAGAAGACCGGCCCACAGAAGGUUACUAUAGCGAGAAUGCAAAGAAAUAAAAGAAAAUAUGUCACAGUCGUUAGAGGUUUGAGUACAUUUGAUAUUGAUUUAAAAGUGGCAUCCAAACAUUUUGCCAAUCGUUUUGCAACUGGUUCCUCAGUUACCGGGGACGAUGAGAUUGUUAUUCAAGGUGAUGUCACUUAUGACAUCAUUGAUGUGGUACAAGAUAAAUGGGCUGAGAUUGAAGAUGAAAUGAUCGAAGACCUUGGUGACCAGAAGAGAUAGAAAACAUCUUAUUGUGGGAUAAUUUAUCUUCGAAAUGCAUUUUUUUUUAUUUCUUACAUUACUACAUUCACAGUAGUACGUUAAUUUGUAUGUUACUGUAGACAUUGUUGGCAUUAUGAAACAUGCCAUGAAUCCAUAGUACACAUACUAUACAUGUAAUGCAUAUGAUUGUAUAAGUACAGUGCAAAUAACCCCCCCCCCCCCAAUGUUAACAGAUGUUCCUAUAAUCAGAGAUAAUUGCAUGAAUAUUGCAUACAUGUACAUACUGUAAAAUACUUUAUUUUAGCUGGAAUUAAUUUUCGCUGAAAAGACUUUUUGGGUGUUUUGUGUGGAAUUUAUUUUCACUGAUCUUUGACAAGUUGAAUGUAAAAUAUAGGAAAAAAGGUAUAUCUGCUGGAUUCCUUCUGCGAAAAUUAGUUCCAAGCGAAAAUAAAAAUAUUUUACAGUAGUAACAGUACAGUAAUUUACUGACACUGUAUUUGCUCUAUUGGAAGCGCAUGUAGUUUAUUUUAUACUAGAUCAUUCUAUCUGACUUAUUAUAGUAACAACUCUGUCAUUGUAUGGCAAGUGUGUGCUACUAAUUGAGCAAAUAUAAUAUUUGCAUUUAAUAAUUUCAACGUUUUAUAUGGUAUUCCUGCAUUAUUGUGAUUAUUGAGGCAUUUUGUCAUUCAAUGGAAUCAAAUUUUAUGAGGUGAACAUGAAAUAUUCCAACAAGGCCACAUUUAGUGGAAUUCCUUGCUUAAAUUCCACAAGGAAACUCCACUGUUAACCCAUUUCUACAGUACGCAGCAUUUUGUAAAAUUCAAUUCUGUGGGCAUUCCUCAGGCUUAUUUUUGAAGUACUCAUUGUUAUGAAAAGAGAACAGGUAUGCCAUUAUGAGUGCAAUAUAAUAAAAUUACUGCACAGAAAA